AAUGAACCGAGGCCGCCUCUCUUGCAGGCCCUGCUGAGUUACUACUGCCAAGAAGGCUACUUCCACCACGUCCGGGCUGCGGCCGAUGAGGCACUGGGGCGGCUGGGCAGCGAUCCGGUGUUCCUUUUUUACCGGGCCUACGGCGCCCUGAGGGCAGGUGACAUCCAAGAGGGUAUUCGACAGUUGGAGUCUAUUAAAAACAAACAGGAGGUGUCACUUUGUACAAUGAUGGCUCUGAUUUAUGCCCAUAAAAAGAGCCCUAAUCCAGAUCGAGAUGCUCUUCUUGAGUUGGAUGUAAAAAUGAAGGAGCAACGUAAAACAGCAGGACAGCAGGCUCUGUACUUUGCUGGCUUGUUUUUGUGGCAUCUUGGUCGUGAGGACAAAGCCCGUGAAUAUGUUGACAGAAUGAUCAAAGUAUCUGGUGGUGGUAAAGAGGGAUUGAUUUUGAAAGCAUGGCUUGAUCUCACCUGUGGGAAAGAAACUCACAUUAAAAAAGCCGUGAAAUACUUUGAUGAAGCACUGGAGGAAGGCAAUGAUGUUUUUGCUCUACUUGGUAAAGCACAGUAUUUUGAGGUCCGACAGAAUUAUUCAGGAGCUUUGGAAACUGUGAACCAGAUAAUUGCAAACUUCCCAAACUUCAUUCCUGUUUUCAAAAAGAAAAUGAAGCUGCAACUAGCCUUGCAGGACUGGGAGCAGGCAAUUGAAACAGCACAUAGACUAUUGCAGAAAGAUGCCCUCAAUUUAGAAGCCAUAAGAAUGGAGGCCCUGCAUUAUCUGUGCAGGGAAGGAAAUAUAUCUGAGGCUUCAGCAAGACUGGGAGACUUAAUCAAAGCCCUGGACAGAUUAGAACCACGUAAUUCGCAGCUCUUCUGUAAAAUGGCUUUAGCUUUCAGUAGAACAUGUGGCCGGAACCAGAUAAUCCUUCAACAUACACAAACCUUAGUUGAAAGAGCAUCUGAUUUGGCAUCGGACAAUGCAGAAUUUGCUACUGAACUUGGCUACCAAAUGAUUUUACAAGGGAAAGUGAAAGAAGCUUUAAAAUGGUACAAGACUGCUAUGACACUUGAUGAAACAAGUGUUUCUGCACUAACUGGAAUUAUUCGUUGUCAGCUACUACAAGGGCAAUUAGAAGAUGCAGAGCAGCAGUUGGAGUUUCUUAAUGAAAUUCAACAGUCCAUUGGGAAAUCUGGCGAAUUAUCUUUCUUGCUUGCAGUCCUAGCUGUGAAAAAACAGAAGAGACAAGAAGAAGUUAUUGCCUUAUUGAAUGAUGUUCUGGACACCCACUUUUCGUCUUUACAUGGUUUUCCUCUUGGUGUGGAAUAUUUUGAAAAACUAAACCCUGAUUUUUUGCUAGAAAUCGUUAGGGAAUAUCUUAAUCUUUGUCCAGCACAGCCUGCAAGUCCUGGGCAGUCUCCUUCACCGCUUCUCAAGCACUGUGCUUCUGUUCUUGAAACUGUAGUAAAAACUGUGCCUGGUCUUCAACAAGCUGUGUUUUUAAUUGCAAAAGUGAAAUACUUGUCAGGGGAUAUUGAAGCAGCCCAUAGUAAUCUACGUUACUGUCUUGAAAGGAAUCCUUCUUAUGCAGAUGCACACUUACUGAUGGCCCAAGUGUAUUUGGCUCAAAACAAUACUAAGCUAUGUUCUCAAUCCUUAGAACUUUGUCUGAGCUACAAUUUUGAGGUGAGGGAACAUCCUAUUUAUCACUUAAUUAAAGCCCAAAUCCAGAAGAAGAUGGGAGAAUUGUCAGAAGCUAUUAAGACUUUACAGAUGGCAAAGAAUUUGCCCGGAAUGAGAAAACCUACAGCUUCUUCAAAAACUAAAGGAAAAAGAAUUGAGAUUGAUGCAAGUGAUCGUGUGUCUGUCUUCCUAGAGUUAGUAGAAGCUCAUCGUUUGAAUGGAGAAAUGCAUGAAGCUGCUAUAAUACUGCAAGACGCCAUUAAUGAAUUUUCUGGAACUUCUGAGGAACUAAGACUUGUAAUUGCAAAUGCACAUCUGGCAAUUGCUCAAGGAGAUGUUGAACAAGCCUUGACUAUGCUCCGAAAUAUUACACCUGAACAGCCUUACUUUGUACAAGCUAAAGAAAAAAUGGCAGAUAUUUAUCUUCAGUACCGGAAAGAUAAGAAGUUAUAUGCUGGCUGCUAUAGAGACCUAGUAGAAAAACUGCCAAGUGCUCAUACUUUUCUUCUUCUUGGUGAUGCGUACAUGAAUAUUCAAGAGCCUGAUGAAGCCAUAGAAGUCUAUGAGCAGGCCUUGAAGAAAAAUCCAAAAGAUCCAGCUUUAGCAAGUAAAAUUGGAAAAGCCCUAAUCAAAACACAUAACUAUUCAAAGGCAAUCAGUUACUAUGAGGCUGCAUUGAGAAGUGGUCAACAGAAUUUCCUUUGCUAUGAUUUGGCGGAGCUUUUAAUGAAACUGAAGCAGUAUGAAAAGGCAGAAAAAGUACUUCAGCAAGCUUUAGAUCAUGAUCCUGUUAAUGAAUUGUCUUCUCUGAUGGAAGAUGGACGUUACCAGGUGCUGCUGGCAAAAAUUUACAGCAAAAUGGAGAAGAUUGAUGAAGCUGUUAUUUCAUUACAACAGGCUCGUGAAUUACAAGCUAGAGUGCUUAAACGGGCUCAAAUAGAACAGCUGGAUGCAGUUCCUGCGCAGAAGCAGUUAGCGGCUGAAAUUUGUGCUGAGAUUGCAAAACAUUCUACAGCCCAGCGAAACUAUGAAAAAGCAAUUAAAUAUUACAAAGAAGCUCUUGUUCACUGUGAAACUGAUAACAAG